AUGACUAACCAGCACGCUUCGAUCUUUUCCAAUUGUUCUGUACAUUACGAUCUGGAAGUGAAUUUUGAGAUAUGUAUCGAGGCCACAGAUCCAUGUUAUUCUAUAGAGCAAAUCGAAACAGCAGUCACUAUAUCCUAUGUCGACUAUUGCUCAUCUGUAACACUAUUCCCGCUUGCUGGCUUCAUGAAUAUCUAUUGUCUUCUGGUUAUCUUACCUAUUUAUCAUCGCUUGCAAAAUAAUUCAAAAAAGAAAUACAUAUUUCUGAUUACUCGAUGCAUUGCCGGCCUCUUGGCUGUAACUGCGUGGCUUUUGCUUCAAUGUGUUUAUCUUCGAUCGAUGACUCCAAACACAGGAGAUUCAGCUGGUUAUGUAUUAGCAUUAUCUUUGUAUAUUGGGAGUACUUAUGUACUUUUAGGUUCCUAUGUUGGAAUGGCUGGAGUACUGUAUCUCGGAGUUAUGAAUCCAGUUGGAUUUAAUCAACAUCUCACAUUAAGACUCACCUACAUAGCUGUUUGUGUCAUUUUUAUAUUUGCUUUAAUUCUAUCAAUUCCUCUUGCCAUACUUCAAGCAGCAAUUGCUAUCCCAAUCAGUAUAAAGUGCAGAGACAAAACAUGUGCUCCUGUUGUUACCCUAAUUAAUUUUAUUCUCGUAUCCGGAUCUCUCAUUAUCACAACAAUUACGCUGUCAUUCGUAUUGAUCUCAUUAUUAAAUCAUCGGAAUGCGUUCAAAAGACUAGAUACAAUGUCGAACGCAUCUUUGAACUCUGGCAUUCGUCUUCUAAUCUGGACACUUUUUGUGGUUAUUCUCAUUACGAUUGCUGAAAUUAUUCCGUUCACUUUCAUGGAAAUCAGGAGAAGUGAAGGUACAAUAACUGGUUGCUACUGGUUUUAUCACGCUGGAAAGGUUAUCGUAGAAGCAAUAUUCGCAUUGAUUGAAUCAUCGAUUUGGAGUGUUGCUCUGAUUGUUGACCCACUUACAAAUUUGAUAUUAGACAGAACUGUCUCCAGACAAGCUGCUAGUCAGCAAAUCGAAACUGCCGUUACUAUCGCUUAUGUAGAUUAUUAUUCAUCUGUUACAUUAUUCUCAGUUGCUGGAUUGAUGAAUAUCUACUGUCUUCUCGUUAUUAUACCACUUUAUCGCCGAAUGCAAAAUGAUUCGAAAAAGAAAUACAUUUUCCUGAUAACUCGAUGUAUUGCUGGUCUUUUGGCUGUAGUUUCCUGGCUUCUCAUUCAAUGUAUUUAUCUUCGAUUCAUUGCUCCAACUGCCGGAAAUUUUCCAUAUUAUGUGCUAGCUCUGACUUUGUACAUUGGGAGUACUUACGUACUUUUAGGUUCUUAUGUUGGAAUGGCUGGAAUACUGUAUCUUGGAGUUUUAAAUCCAAUAUCGUUUCAUCAACAUAUCACAUUACGACUCGUUUAUGCAGCUGUUUGUAUCUUCUUUCUUGUUGCUCUUUCACUGUCGAUCCCUCUAGCAACAUUCGAAGCAGCAAUGGCUAUUCCAGUAACAAUAAAAUGCACUGACAAGUCAUGUGCACCAUUGGUAACUCUCCUCAAUUUUGUUCUCGUUCUUGGAUCUCUUAUAACUGCCGCAACAACUAUCUUGUUUGUUCUGAUCUCACUCUUACGCCAUCGAAAAGAAUUUAAAAAGCAGGAUACUGUAUCGAAUACUAAUCUAAAUUCUGCAAUUCGUCUGCUCACUUGGACUCUUUUCGCAUUAUUUCUUAUUUCAAUUGUCGAAAUUAUUCCGUUUGUUUUCAUGGAAGUGAAGAAACAUGGAAAGCAGUUUUAG